AUGGCUAUUGGACCUUUAUGGCUAGGCCUAUAUUCCGAAUGGCAACGUCUUGUUGACAUUGUUCGCAAAUGGAUUUAUGGCUCUAUUAGACCCUCUCUUCUUCAAUCUAUAGUUCGUCCCGAUGAUUGUGCCUUUGAUGCUUGGAAUCGUCUUGAGAAUAAUUUCCAAAAUAAUAAGACAUCUCAAAUUCUUCAUCUUGAGUCCCAAUUUAAUGACAUUUCUCUAUCAACUUUUUCCAAUGUCAAGUCUUAUUGCAAUGAACUUGAAACUAUUGCUACUUCUCUUAAUAAUCUUGGCACUUUCAUCACCGACACUCGAUUGGCUCUUGAAGUUCUUCAUAGGUUGACUUCGGAAUACAAAACUUUUCGGUCUUUGGUUCAACAUAUGAAUCCCAUUCCCUCAUUCGAUACUCUUCGUUCUAUGUUAGAAUUGGAAGAACGCUCCAACCAUAAACAUAAUUCUCCCGCUCAUGAUUCGGCCCUUAUUACCACAAACAAAGGUUCGUUUUCUAAAAAUUCCGCUCAUUUUAACAAUUGCGGCCCUUCCUACCACCAUGGUGGCCACCGCCACCCUCGUCGUGGCGGCAAGAACCACCGUGGCAGCCACCAUAGCUCCACCAGUGCCUCUGGCCCAUGGCAGCAGCAAUAUUCUAGGCCCAAUGCUUUUAAUUAUUCUCGGCCCAAUAGCAACUAUCAUGGCCCAUCCUCUUUUUGCUCUUCUCCUUAUUCUAGAUGGAAUUCUUGGGCCGGACAUCAUUAG